AUGGGGAACUCGUACGCAGGGCAGCUGAAGACCACCCGCUUUGAGGAAGUGCUGCACAGCUCCAUCGAGGCGUCCCUGCGCUCCAACAACGUGGUCCCGAGACCUGUGUUCACUCAGCUAUACCUGGAGGCUGAGCAUCUACCCCCCUCUCAGGAAGGUAGGAAUGCUGCUGGGGAGGAGGAAGAGGAUGAGGGCGGGGAAUCCAAUAGCCCACCUCUGCCAUAUCACAUGAAGCCAGCCCCAGAAGGCCGCUGCACUGCGGAUGGGUUCUGCCAGGCAGGGAAGGACCUGCGUCUGGCCUCCAUCGGCAGUGGCACGGUGGAGGUCCCACCCGGGUUCCUGCUGGUGGGUGCCAGGUCCCCCGCCCUACCUGACCACAUCCUGGUGUGCGCCGUGGACCGCACCUUCCUCCCGGACGAGAGAGGACGGAACGCACUUUUAGGGUUCUCAGGGAACUGCGUGGGCUGUGGAGAGAAGGGCUUCCGCUACUUCACCGAGUUCUGCAACCACAUCAACCUGAAGCUCACCACCCAGCCAAAGAAGCAGAAGCACUUGCAGUACUACCUCUACAGGAACGCGCAGGGGGUGCUGGUCAAGGGACCGCCCAUCUGCUGGAAGGGAGGAGAGACCACGUCAGCCACAGGUCACCACACAGGUCACCACACAGCAGCUGGUGUCUCCCCAGAACCAUUGGCUCCGUCUUAUACACCAGGAGCCUCCCUGGCCAAUGGCAAAGACUACUCUGUGACCCAUCCUCCCUCGCACCAAUCCAGUCAGACAGCCCAUGUCCCAGGAAGAACGUCUGUCAUAGGCACCAUAGUAAACUCAGGACCCCCCAAGAAGAGACACAAGAGCUGGUCGUCGGACUCUGCAGCGGCCACAGAGUCCUCUAAUAAGACCACCUCCUCCGCCACAGUCAAUGACACAAAAGCAGCAGAUUAUGGGCCCCCAACAUUUAUCUCGCAGGGGUCCUCCGUGCUGCCCCAGGGGGCGUCUGUCACAGUGCCGGAUCACCUGUUGCACACCUGUAAACUACAGCCUGUCAUUUUCAAAGGCCAUGGGGACCUGCCGCCCCUGUGUGGGAAUGUGAGUGAGGUGAUGGUGAGCUCCCUGCUGCAGUCCUGCUACAGAAGCUGCCAGUCCCUGCCCCGCGUGUACGAGCAGCAUGGAGCCACACCCAUCCAGCCCCUCUCCACCGAGAUGCAGAUCCUGCUGACCGUCUACUACCUGGUGCAGCUGGCCCCUGACCAGGUCCCGCUGAUUCAAGACCUGGAGCAGAUCUUCAUGCGCUCCUGGCGCGAGUCGCACCUGAUGGAGAUCAGGCAGUACCAGCAGACCCCGGCCCACCCGCUGCCCACCCAGCCUCCCGGACCCGCCCAGCCCGUCAGCGCCACCCAGCUGCCCUGGCUGGCGAAGCUGGCCACCAGCUCCUGCGGGGACAGCGUGCUGGUGCUGGACACGCCCGGCUCGCUGGCCGAGGGGCUGACUGAGGCGUUCCGCCGGAUGAUGGACAGAGAGCUGGCCCACACCAACUACGUGGUCAUCAUCUGCACGUCCAAGGGGCGGGCCACAGAGUCCUGCGUGGUGGUGACAGGGUGGCGCCAGGCACGGGCUUUGGCUGAGAGCAUGCUCACCCCCAGUGACAGCAUGAAGGAGAUCAUUAAUGAGCUGGCCGCAGGAAAGGAAGGAGAGCUGAAGGCUGUCCUUCGCACUCUGGGCCCAGAUGGUGAUGUGGACACUUUGCUGGAGAAAUCUGAUCCGGAAAAGAACGCUCAUUUGUCGCUGUCCAGCAGUCCAGAGUCCACAGAGGACACCUCCAAAGCCACAUGCACAGAGUUUCAGGUGGCGUGGCACGAGGUGCGGCCCGUCCAGCUGGCAGUGGCCCGGAAGCUGCUGUCCCACGUGUGCGCCAUCGCCGAUUCCAGCACCCACAACCUGGACCUGGGCUCCUUCGACAAGGUGGAGUUCCUCAUCUUCGUCCCGCCCUCCGAGGUCACCUUCCAGCAGAUCGUCACGCACCUGUGGAACUCAGGUAUCUUGCGGGAGCUCUGCCUGGAUGAGGAAUGCCUGUCUCAGAAGGAAGCAGAGCAGUAUGUGGUGAAGCUGGACCCAGAAGCCCCAGCCAAAAUCAACAGCUUCAUCCAGAACGCAAAGAGGAACCCCUACACUCUCUUCAUCCUGGUCCAUGACCACGCCCACUGGGACAUUAACAACGGAACGUUCUGUGGGGACGACUCCUGCUCGGGGCUGGUGGACUCCCUGCUGAACUGCCCUGAAGUUUGGGAUGCCCCCAACAUCCUGACCCUCCACGUCACCUCGUUCCCCUUCACCCUGCAGACGCAGUACACCCGAAUCAGCCCCUACAACGAGGUCCACUGGCCCUCCGCCUUCAACAACGACUUGGAUCUGUACCAUGAGAAGACCAAGUACUUUGGGGUGUCCGAGUUUUUGGAUUCGACGCGCUCGGGUGGACAGGCCCUCCUCCGAUACGACAGCUCCUUCGAGAACAUGGCCUCCGCUCUGGGGGAAAGGUUUCCCAAGCUGCACAGCGCCGUGAUCCGGACGCACGUCCUGAUCCGGCACUACACGCUGGCGCUGAUGGUGGUGUCGGGCCGCGCCCAGCUGCAGAAGCACACGUCGGCCGAGACGCUGGAGAUCGUGCGGGGCCUGGUGCGCUCGGCCCGCCGCUGCCCCGGCCGGCACGGCCACAUGGUGCUGCUGCGGGUGCCCUCCCUCCCCCUGGCCUCGGUGGCCUACCAGCGGCUGCGGCAGGCGCGCGAGAGCGUGGGCCUGCAGGACCUGUUCGAGAUCGUCCUGGGCGACCCCAGCUCCGCCCUGUCCGUCAGCGAGCCCUUCCUCCGCCAGCUCAAGAUGUGGCUAAAGAUCCAGGACUCAGACUGGACUCCUCGAACCUACCUGGAACUGGAGGCUCUGCCCUGUAUCCUGAUAUUCACUGGCAUGGACCCGCGAGGGGAGUCGCUGCCCAGGUCUCUGAAGUACUGUGACCUGCGCCUGAUUGGCUCCUCCCACUACCUGCGGACCGCCCUGGAGCAAGAGCUGGGGCUGGCAGCGUACCUGGUGAGGGUGGAGCCAGGGGGGAACCGGGCGGCGGUCAGCGACCUGUCUGAGAGCGACCCUGAGAAGCUCAGCGGAACUGACAACGAGGAGGAGGAGGUGGUGGUGGACAUGAGCUGUGACCAGACUAGUCCCCCUGCACCCCCUGCCCACGCCCCCCAACCGGACACUAGCGUCCCAGACCCGGACAGGUGCUGCCCGCCCCAGGACCGUAGAGCAUCCGGCAGGGACGGAGAGGACCCCUCUGACCCCCCCCAGAGCCACCGCCGGCUGUCCAAGUCCACCUCACCCGGCUCCUCCUCCACCCGGACGUCGGCGGCGUCCCACGCAGGCCAGCAGCCCUGCCCCUGGGCCCGCGGUGUUAACCGGCCGCCCGUGGUCUUCCUGCCCAAGGCGGUGUACGACGUCCUGGCCUCAGAUGACGGCGGCGGGCUGCCCAAGUCGGCCUCCUUCCUGCCGCACGCCGACGUGGAGUGGGCCAGCUCCUUCCGCCCGCUGCUCAGCAAGAUCAUGACCUGCACCGAGCAGUCGCUCUACUACCGCCAGUGGACUGUGCCCGGGCCACGCCACAUGGACAGCGCCAACCGCGCGGCGGGCCGCGCCAACAACUUCCACCCCCGCCGGCUGCUGCUCAGUGGGCCCCCACAGGUCGGGAAGACAGGGGCUUACCUACAGUUCCUAGGGAUUCUAUCACGGAUGCUAAUUCGCCUGAUGGAGGUUGAUGUCUACGAUGAAGAGGAGAUAAACUUAAGCAUGCAGAUGGACUCGGUGCAGUAUCACCAGAUGGACGCACUGUGGCCAAACACAGAGGUGUUCAGAACCAUGCCGUUUGACUACAUGGUCCAUGACCCCAAACACGAGGACAUCAGCCCUGUAUAUUCACCAGAGCUCACUCAGAGGCAGGAAGGAAGCUCCAGGCAGCGGGACGAUGUUUACCUGCGGCGACGCACCACCAGGAUAAAGCUCUCCAAAUACGCAGCAUACAACACCUACCACCACUGCGAGCAGUGCCACCAGUACAUGGGCUUCAACCCUAGAUACCAGCUGUACGAGUCCACGCUCCACGCCUUCACCUUCACCCACCUGCUGCUGGGCCGCGAGAUCCAGCUCUACUUCAUCAUCCCCAAGUCCAAGGAGCAGUACUUCUCCUUCAGCCAUCCCGGGGGUCAGCUGGAGAGCAUGCGGCUGCCCCUGUGCUCCGAGGGGAACCCUGACUGCAUCAAGAGCCCCAUCUUCACCCCGACGACAGGGCGUCACGAACACGGCCUGUUCAACCUCUACCACGCCAUGGACGGCGCCGCACACCUCCACAUAUUGGUUAUCAAGGAGUACGAGAUGGCCGUCUACAAGAAGUACUGGCCCAACCACAUCAUGCUGGUGCUGCCCACUAUCUUCAAUGGAGCCGGCAUAGGUGCGGCCCACUUCCUGAUCAAAGAGCUGUCCUACCACAACCUGGAGCUGGAGCGCAGCCGGCGGGUGGAGCAGGGCAGCCAGCCGCAGGACGUGUGGCCCUUCAUCAUCCUGGCCGAGGACUCCUGUGUCAUGUGGAACUCGGUGGACGUGGACACCCAGAGUGGUGGCACUGCGACGGUGGAGAGGAACGUGUCUCUGAAGCAGGUGCUUCAGCACAUGGAGUCGUCCCCGGACGUGACGCAGUACGGCCUGUGCGGGCUCAGGAAGUGGUCGAGCCGGGGUGGCCGGCGGGGCCAGAACUGGGAGCCCUUCUCCCGAGGACACCUGCAUGACUUCCUCCUGCUCAAUGUGGACCUCACCCAGAACGUCCAGUACAACCAGAACAGGUUCACAUGUGACGAUGUGGACUUCAACCUGCGGGUCCACAGCUCCGGGCUGCUCAUCUGCCGCUUCAACAACUUCAGCGUGAUGAAGAAGCAGAUCGCCAUCGGGGGACACCGCACCUUCAUCAUCAAGACCAAGGCGACGGACGUGCCCACCACAGUCCCGCCGUCCCAGUACGUCUGCGCCCCAGACAGCAAGCACCCCUUCCUGGCCGCGCCGGCGCAGCUGCUGCUGGAGAAGUACCUGCAGCACAGCAGCCAGCACCUGUUCCCCCUGGGCUCCCGCAACUUCAGCCACCCGGUGCUGUCCGUCGACUGCUACCUCAACCUGGGCCCGGAGGUGGUGGUGUGCUACGUCAGCUCCAGGCCUCACUCCAUCAACAUCAGCACGGCCGAGCUGCUCUUCAGUGGCCUCCUGCUCUACUUCUGCGACUCCUUCGUCACCGCCGGCUUCCUCAAGAAGUUCCACUUCCUCAAAGGUGCUACGCUGUGCGUGAUCUGCCCGGACCGAAGCUCGCUGCGCCAGACGGUGGUGCGGCUGGAGCUGGAGGACGAGUGGAGGCUCCGCCUCCGCGACGAGUUCCAGACCGCCAAUGCCAAGGAGGACCGGCCCCUCUUCUUCCUCACGGGCAAACACGUGUGA